AUGACACAGCAGGGAGCUGUUCUUCAAGGCUAUAAUAAUGAGCUAGUAAAAUGUAUUGAAAACUUGUGUAUGCAAAAAGAAGAGCUGAACAAACAAAUCCAGCAAGCAGAAGAGGAAAAAAAUAAACUCCAGCAUGAAAUCCAAGUCCUGAAUGAACAACUGGAGCGUGUAUGUGAAAACCUGGCCCAAAAGGUAGCUUCACGGAAUGAGCUUGAUAAAAUUCUUGCUGAAACUGAAGCUGCUUAUAUGAAGAUUUUGGAUAGUUCUAGAACUUUGCUUAAUGUCCUGAAGAAGGAAGUGGGAAACUUAGAUCAUACACCAGAAGUGUGA